AUGGGUGAAAGCUAUACAUAUUACAACAAUGUAAUGAAUUUGGACGGCAUUGUUUACAGACAUGUUCACAUUCCCAAGGAACUGCUCCGCAUCCUUCCUCGAAAUCGCCUUUUGAGUGAAAAAGAAUGGCGAUCUCUAGGGAUUCAGCAGAGCCAUGGAUGGGUUCAUUACAUGAUCCAUAGCCCGGAACGUCACAUCCUUCUAUUUCGUCGUCCCUUGAAAAAAGACGAUGAUGCGGGGGAGAAACGCCAAUAA